CGCGCUAUGAUUAAUGCUCUCAAGCGCGUCUAUUUCUAUCAUCUCCUUACCGGCUCCUCACCAUCUCGUCUGAGUCGUCUCUCCCAUGGAGUGGCAAGAACCUUUCAAAAAGGCAGUGGCGUACUUCAAACGAUCCAAGUACGGAGAAUGUCUUCGCCUGCUGAAUUACGCUCUCGAGAACGGCGGACGUGACCAGUAUGCGAUUUACGAUUCGAGAGCAGCAGUACAUGAAAAGACUUUGCGCCUUCGCGAAGCUUUACUCGAUGUUAAAGAGGCCAUCCGGUUAGCUCCCAAUCGUUGGCAAUGCUAUUCUCGUGCAGCGCGUUUGUUCCUCCUGAUACGCAAAUUCGAAGAAGCGUCCAAGAUGGUUGAUAUUGCGCUACAGAAAAUUGAUCCGUCCGACGAUAAGAACCGUGCUACGCUCGUUGCCCUUCAGUCUCAGGUCAUUGAAUCUCGAAAACGUCUUAGCUGUCACGUCGGCAUGCUUCCCGUUGAACUCCUGUCCUCCAUCUUUCAGUAUAUGGUCGAAGAAGAGCCAGUUCUCGUUAUCAAAAUAUCGCGGGUCUGUCGGCAUUGGAGAACGGUGGCAUUAGGAGAUGCCGCUCUCUGGUCGACUCUCGUCCUUUCGAAGAAAGAUCCUAAUCGGAAGAGCAAAUGUUGGAUUCAGCGCUCGAGGGGGAGAAUUCGGGAACUGUGCCUCCGUAGGACACUCUCCGAUAAAGUUGAUUGGUCUUUGGAAAAGUUGGGUGGAAUCCAGUGGGAUUAUAUUCGAACAUGCCAGUUGGAGGACAUCGAUAUCCUCAAACAGCUGGAGAAGGCAGGCGCAUUGCAUGUCAUUUCUCAGCUUGAGACGCUGGUAAUCCGGGACAAGCUGAUGGAUUCCAGAGAAGAAUUUGUUUCCUAUUUGAGUGACAAUCUCAGACACUUGACCAUUGAUGGUGCCCUGCAUGUAUGGUUGAGUGAUUUACAAGUGCAUUCCCUUGUAUCUCUUGAAACCAUCCGACUUGGAGAGCGUUUCAUUGGAGAUCUCUUCCAGCUUCUGACCAAAAAUCUGAGCUUGCAGUCGCUCGUGGUCAACUCUCCUUUCAGUGCGUUCAGCGAGUACCCUGAAGCAGCCAUUACUCUAGCACAUCUCACUGUCCUAGACUACUGUAGUGGGUCAACUCAGCUUUUCAAAUUCCUGCGGCUUCCCUCCCUCCAAGUCAUUUCAAUUCAAACUUGCGUCCAAACCAAGAAUGUUAUACAGUGUCUUUUGGACAGUGGAACCUCACAGCUCAAGUCUAUUACCUUCGACUCCUGCGCACAUUUACCAGCCUCUGAGCUAAUUCGUAUUCUCUCCACCAACCCAUUCGUCGCUUCACUCACCCUGAAGAAGUUCGGCGGCGGCACAGUAACACCCAUCUUGGACAUGCUGGGGUCAUCCGAACAGUUGUGUCCCGCACUCACUCAUCUAGACCUUUCGUCCAGCUCGGAAAUUUCGUCUCACUUACUGGUCCAGAUUGUGAGUUCCAGGAUCACAGCAGUUGUUGAAUCUUUGUUAAACCAAAACGAGGAGACGGGAAGGCCCCGCGUUGAGAAGAUACACUCUUUGAUUGUAGAUGGAUGCACCGGGAUCGACAGCGACACUAUCCCUUGGUUCUGUGAAAGGGUCCCACACUUCAGUUAUGUGACAAGACAAUGGAAUGGGAGACGGUAAGAAACAUCAAAUCAGUCCUCUUCGCAUUCUGUAUUCUUUCUUUUAUUUAGGGUUAAGUCACGAUAUGUAUUUCUAUAAUUUAACCCUCAUGUUAAAUAAUCUUCUGUAUUCAUUGCAAUAGUA